GCCCACCAUUUAUUUAGUCAGGAACAUUUUCCGUAUUGUGACGUCAUAGCACGAAUGGAGCAUCCAAUCGGGUGGCAUCCAAGUUUUCUAUAGGAUGCUGGGAUGUAUGAGUCUUCUCCUGUACAGUAAACACACCUCCCGCAGCAGUCUAACCACUCAUUUAUUGCACUGCUCCAGUCAGGCAGCAGGCGGGCAGGCAUUUAAGGAUUUCCUCAUGCAAAGUUUAUAUCAGUACCGGCAACAAAAGUGGAGUGACAUCCCAGAGAACGUUGGCAGGUCCGCCGGGGUAUUGGCUCAUAGAUAUCAUUCCCCCCGGAAGUAGUCAUGAAUGCAGAGAAGACAAACCGCAACAAAGAGAUCAGUGUAAGAGACUUAGAAGGCAUGAAUCACGGGACCCAUCGUUCACCAAU